AUGACAGACACAGGCGUCACGGAAGGGCGUCCUCGCAUCGUAGGCCCCGAUGCAGGCCCAGAGACCCAUUUCCCUUCAGAUGGAGGGCAGGUCAUUUCCGGCUUCGCGGCGCUCGAAGGAGCUCGGCAUCCCCACCGCCAACCUCCCCGUCGACGCAUCCGUGACCCCCUGGAUCGAGACGUUCGCCUCGGGCGUCUACUUUGGCUGGGCCUCGAUCGCCCUGCCCGCGGACCACCCCAACCGCCCCAGCCCAACCCCAGGCGCAGCGCAGACGCGGCCGCGCCGUUGCCCCCCCUGCUGUACCCGAUGGUCAUGUCCAUCGGCUACAACCCGUUCUACAAGAACACGGUGCGGUCGGCCGAGGUGCACGUGCUGCACCCCUUUGCCGCCGACUUUUACGACGCCCACAUGCGCCUCCUGCUGCUCGGCUUCGUCCGCGAGGAGAAGGACUACAAGUCCCUCGAGGCCCUCGUCGAGGACAUUCGGUUCGACUGCACUGUCGCGCGCGAGAGCCUGAGGCGGAGCGCCUGGUGCCCGCCGCGCGAGGACGCGCUGCGCAGCGGUGAGGGGGCCGAGGCGCGGCUGGGCGACGGCGAGGGCACGCUCGACGUCUCGUGGCUGCUGCGUGCUCUAGAGUGA